AUGGUAGCCAGUAACAAACAUCACGACGUGUUGCGAAUUCUCACCAUCCAGGUUAACCUUAAAAACACAUUUAACUCGGCGUUCAUUCGGAUUGCGUUUCUUAAAAUAUAUGUUUCCACUCGACGUUGUCGUCGAGACGCUCUAGAUGACCUCGGAUUACCCUCCGAAUUCUGCGCCUGCUGUGUUGCCGGCAACUGGGCAGACGAGGACUGUUGA